AUGCCGGAUUUCUCAGCCCUACGUCGGAUAACAGGUCCCAGAAUAACAUUCAGACGUGUAAACUUCGACCUGAUCUCCCCCAUCUUCACCCGUAGAGGUAUACCAACAUAUCGUUCAUCUUUCUUCUCACUACGUUCUUGUCGUUCCUCAUCUUUACCCCCAGCACCAAACCCACCAUUCCCUAUCCGCUUGUCUGUGCGCUCUGCUCAACUAACACAAACCCCAUUUUCCAACAACAAAAAAUCUUUACCGACCCUGACAUCUAUCUCACCGUACACCGGAGCCGAAACAAGUGAUGUCACAAGAAGCUACAGCCGAAACGAUCAAGACGAAUGGAUCAGAAGCGAGGGUAAAGAGAGCGUGAGGGAUAAGAAGGAGGAGGGAGACAAGAUGAUUCGAUUUUGUAUCAUAGUCACCAAAAAUGCAGUGUCGAAAUACGCCGUAGAGCGUAACAGAGUGAAAGGGAGGUUUAAAGUUGCUGUAGAGGCCGUGGUGAAUCGUGGCAUUGGAGGUGAUAUAGAUUUACUUGAUCAAGAGAAGAUUUACGUGGCUAAUCUGUCAUCUAAGAUUUACGAUGCCGACUUUGAAAAUCUAGUGGAGGAAGUAGCGAAGGGAUUGAAUUUUCUCAAGGGGUAUGUACCGAAGAGAAAAGGGUUCAAAGUUCCGCGAUAA